ACUAGUUAAAGUUAAAUGUUUAAACCAAAAAAAGAAACCAGAAAGUUUACUCCAUUUUAUUCAAUGAAAAAGUUUAUCUUAGAGAAAAAUUUCUCCACUGGAAUGACUGUUCAUCCACUUUCUUCACAAGUACCACCGCCAACGAAUUCACCACUUCUACAAUCAUCACCAUCAACAACAACCACAACAUCAACAUCAUCUUCAUCCUCUUCUUUGUCACCAAAUAUUUUUACUUCUCAAUCAACAAAUGGAUAUAACAACAACAACUCCUCCAAUAGUUCAACAACUUACAACAAAUCUCAUCGGGGAGUUAAUUCAAAUCAAUUGAUUCAUCCAUCGGCUGCUAAUCCAAUCAAUUCUAUCGGUAAUCAUAAUGAUUCCGGUUUUCAACCUUACCGAGGUUCAUUACCAGCCAAUUCAUCGUCUAGUCUUGAAGAUGGUCUUCUCAAUAGUGGACAACAACAACAACAAUCUUCCUCUGGACCCUCUUCGGCAAAUUCAGGGUCAUCUACAACACCAUCCGCCGCCACUUCCUCUAAUAUUGGAAAUCAUAUAUUACCAUAUAGUGAAAGGUUAAGAUCAGCGGCAGUUGCAGCGGGUUAUCCAUACCAUCCAUUUAUUGGUUCAUCUCAUGCAAAUCCAUCAGCACCUAUGCCACAAUCAUCUCAAUCUUCACAUCACAAUUUGUCUUCACAUCCUCUACCUCCUCCUCCAACACAACCGUACAGAAUUGAUGAUCCACUUUACCUUGAAAGAUAUGGUCUCAUCCGAUCCUCGUCAAAUAAUUUACACCAAACCUCAAAUGUUCAACCAUUAAGUCAUUCCGAUCUAUCACCUGGACACACUUCAACGAACUCUAAUGUGCCUUCCUAUCAGAUGAGCUCCCGUUACUCUGAACUUUUAGCAACACACCAGGAAAGAGUACUUAAUGAGGAGACACAACGUUUACUUGGUCAUGGAUCUAAUUCCAAUCAUCAUCAUCCUCAUCAACAUCCUCCGAUCUCAUCUUCCGGUCCAACAAAUUACAAAAUGCACUCGACCAACAGUGAACAUGGAUCUCGUCGAGAUUAUCCAAAUAAUGGUAAUACAUUACCAGGAAUGUCUACCAGGGAAAUGAAUACAAAUUCUAAUUCUAAUAAAAAACAUCAACCUAAUGGAUCGAUAACUAUGGGCAAUCCUGGUCCAAGGCCCAUGAAUUUAACUUCAAACACAACUGGUGUUCAUCAAGGCCACAAGAAAAGCACCACCAGCGCUAUCUUGGUUGAUCUAAAACGAGAACAUCCAUCUCAACUUACUUGUCAACAAUUUGGUCCUUCUUCAUCACAAACAACAAUCACAUUUACAAAUAGUCCAGUGACAACUACAUCCUCAUCUAAUGUUAAUAAUCAUCUUUGGAGACCUCAGAUUAAUGAACGAGAUGAUUCAAGACAUCAUCAUGUAAAUUCCAAUGCUCACAAUAGUAGAAUGUUUCCCGAUAAUGUUAAAAGAAAUGUUGCAUUCGAAGUCCCAAUCGAUUUUAGUAGUUCGAAAAAGCAAAGGUUUAGUGAUAUACCAGGAGACUAUUCCUUUAAACCAUCAGCGGCAGUUGAACAUCAGCCCGAAACUUUCAUUCCCAGUAAUCAUUCGUCGCCAUUUUUCAUCAACUCAUCGCAAGAUCUUCAAGUUCAUCUUUUAAAAUCAAGACCUACACCUCAGUCAUCUUCAUCCUCGUCACAAGUAUCGCAACAACAACAACAACAACCAUCGCCACCUCCACUUCGUCAAAUAAAUUUCAAUAACAAUAACAACACAUCACCAUCGAAAAAGUUAACCAAUGAAGUUGAACCUCAAUGUCGUCAACCAUUAAAAUUACAUCAACCGCCUCAACCUCAACUAGCGCAAGGUCAUAAAGAUCAUUCUCCUCAGAAAAACGCUGAAAAUAUUGAGAAGGUAAUCUCAAAAUUAGAUCUUAUGGAAAUGAAGCUAAAAGUAAAAAGGAAAGAGCGAGCUGAAAGAGCAGCAUCUCGAGGAUCAGUUGAAACAAGUGAAGAUGAAGAUGAACUCAUCUACAGUGAAGAGGAAACUUCAGAUGAAGAGGAAAACGAGAUGAAAAAAGCGCGGUACCGAUGCAAGUAUAUGAUCACCACUGGGCCACCCGCUAAACUUGACGAUAGACCGGAAAAAGUGGACUUUCUCAAUUCCUUGGGACUAAUAACCUUGCAACGCAGGAAUGAGAUCCUUUUUGAGAAGUAUGUUUCCCGUCGUCGAUUCAAAUCUAAAAGUGAUACUUAUCCAUUGGUCUCAAUGUAUAAGAUGCCAAAGGCUGAAUUUUUUGAUUCGGAAAAUGUUUUCAUACAACCAACUGAUAUUUUACCCAAUAGUUUAUUCAAAUGUGAAGACAAAUUAGAAGAUAAAUUUAAUUAUAUGAAUUUACUUGGCCUUAAACAUGAAUUGAAUGCCGAUGAAAUUAAGAAACGUGAACAGAUCUGGGAAGGUGUUCUUGAAGAGAGAGAUCGACGUCGAUCAAUUAAUCUAUCCUAUGGAAAGAUAACCAACAAUUUAACCAAGGAAGCGCUCGAUAAAUGGUUCCAAUAUUUAACCUCACAACCAAGAGUUUACAAUAAUUACGAUCGUUAUAAUAAAAACGGUUACCUGAACAAUUAUAACACCAAUUUAAACUCUAAAACACCGACAUUUACCACCGGAAGUUCCUCUUUCUCUUCACCACCUUCCCAUGAGUGUAAUUCUGUUCCGUUAGCAGUUAACAAUUCAUGGCACAAUCAAAGGCGAACUUUAAAUGUUACCUUAGAUCGUAAACAAUCAAAGCAAUCAAAAACCAACUCGAAACAAGGUUUAUUAAAAUCUCUUGAUAAUAAAGAGAUUUUAUUAAAUAAAUCCUUGAAAAUCAACAAUCAUGAAGAUAAAAUGAAAGAUGAUCUUCUCCCUCCCUCUUCAUCGCGAUUAAAUAAUAAACACAAAUCUACCAAUUUACAAAUCACUGACCAGGAUCGCCAUGAAUCAAAAUAUUCAGAAGCUUCGUAUCACAAUGAUACAUCUUCCGUCGGCUUCAAAUGGCCUGGAAUUGAAGCGAUAACAACUGCAUAUGAAAAAUAUGCACUUGAGUCCCAAAAAGAAAGAGAAUCAUUAAACGGAAGAAUUGGACAAUUGAAACUGACGAUUCGCGAGAAAACCAAUGCAGUCGACAAACUGUCAAAAAAGAUCGCAAAUCUAACGAAAGUUCAAAAAGAAAUGGACGAAGAAAGUGAGCAAUACGAAAGGAGAAUAAGUUCAAUAAAGACACAUCUAAAUGAGAUCGUAUCAUAAUAACAAUUAACUGGAAGAGUCAAUUAAUUUCAAAAUCAAACCUCAUUCAAGUGUCUAAAUAUUUUUCGCACAAGCGGUUAAUCAAUUUUUUUUUGGAAACCAAUUUAAUCCUUAAUUCCUACUACAACUAUAACUACUAUCAAAAUAUCAAAAGGAGCUGAUUUAAUGACACUUAUUCAAAGAUAAUCAACCCAACAAAAAGUAAAAUAAGAUAAUUACAAAUAAUUAUUACUUAAUCAUUGUAAAUUAAAUUGUAAUCAAUAAGUAAACUUGUGUAAGCAAAUCAGAAGCAAACAAAAAAAAUCAACCUACUACUAAAUAGAUUGUGUAAUAAAAGAUAUGUCCAAAUUCAAUUGCAUAGUAAAUUCAAAAACCUUCAUAAAACAAACAGUUUAAUUAAACUUAUUCAAUUGCAGAUAAUCAA